AGGUAAGCGCAUUAAACGAUAACAAUACGUUUGAGUUAGUCCCACCACCAAAGGAUCGACAGAUAGUGGGGGGAAGAUGGGUUUACGCCGUAAAAAUCGGCCAAAAUGGAGAAGAAACCCAUAAAGCAAGAUAUGUAGCUAAAGGGUAUUCUCAAAUUCCUGAGAUUGAUUAUCAGGAAACGUUUGCCCCGACAGCUCGCAUGAGCUCAAUUCGUACAUUGCUACAACGUGUUGACACUGUUGUGCAGAAUGACAUGAUCAUUCACCAAAUGGAUGUCAAGACCGCCUACCUUAAUGCGCCUAUAGAUUGUGAGCUCUAUAUGGAACAACCAGAAGGUUUUGAGGAACAUGGUGAGAAUGGUGAAAAAUUAGUGUGCAAACUAAAUAAGUCAUUAUAUGGUUUAAAGCAAAGUGGGAGAAACUGGAAUAAUUUAUUACACGAGUAUCUGCAAAAGGAGGGUUUUACUCAGUCACAGGCUGAUCCAUGUGUGUAUGUGAGAAUGAUUGACUCGAAGCGAUGUGUUAUAGUAAUUGUAUGGGUUGACGAUAUCAUUAUCGCAGCCAGUCAUUUUGAAUUACUAACAACUGUAAAAGAAUCUUUAGGUGAAAGGUUCAAAAUGAAAGACCUAGGUAAGCUAUCGUGGUUUUUAGGUACAGAGUUUAAAUGCAAGGAAUCUUGCAUCGAAAUGAAUCAGAAGCAAUAUAUUGAAAAAGUAUUGUUGAAGUUUGGGAUGGCUGAUUGCAAGUCCAAGCCUACUCCAUGUGUUUUAGGUAUCGAGAAGGUCUCAGACGAAGAAUCACCAAGCUUAGAAGACCCAGGUGAGUAUAGGGCUAUUGUUGGGAGCUUAAUAUACGUUAUGACAGGCACCAGGCCUGAUUUGUGCUAUAUAGUGACGAAGCUCUCACAGAAAAUGUCUAAGCCCACAAGAGCCAAUCUCGACUUGGCUAAACACGUUUUAAGGUAUUUGAGGGGUACAUCUGAGCAAGGUUUGACAUUUAGGAAGUCAAACGUUCCGCUAAGGUUGAACGGAUUUUGUGACUCCGACUGGGGCGCAUCAGUAGCCGACAGGCGGAGUAUAACUGGCUAUAAUUUUCAGUUGUCUUCAACAGGUCCUUUAAUAUCCUGGAAGAGCCGUAAACAACCAACAGUUGCACUCUCUACAUGCGAGGCAGAAUAUAUUGCGCUUGCAAAUGCCGUACAGGAGGCAAAAUUUUUGAAACAAUUAUGUAUCGACAUGAAGGUAAGUAUAAGUGAUGAUAAUGUACUUAUUCAAGUAGAUAAUCAGGGAGCUAUAAACUUAGCUAGAAAUCCCGUACACCAUCAAAGGUCGAAACAUAUAGAUAUUAAGUAUCAUUUUAUAAGAUCCGAGAUACAGGUAGGUACCAUAAGUUUGAAAUAUGUUCCUACUGAGGACAAUAUAGCUGACGUCUUCACAAAGCCAGCUAGCAAAGGUAAGUUAGAAAAAUUUAAGCACUUCAUGUUAGGUUUAUAAAUGCGCUGCGUAAUACAAACAUAUUAGAAAUUAAAAAAUAUUGAUGUAAUUUAUAUAGAUGCUCAGAACAUAAGAGCAAGUGGGGGUGUUAGAAUAUGCUCCUGAUAUUCUGUUGACAAUGAUAAUAAGAUUAUUAGUUAAUGAAUGACAUUGAUUACUAUAGAUAUGUAUGUAAAAUGUAAUCUCUGGAUACCACAAAUUCCAGUACAAAUAGUUGCUCGAUAGGCAUACUCUGGGGCGGUAAAUCGCCUUAAAUCGCUGCGAUAUAAUGCGAUUUUGGGCGAUUUUAGGCGAUUUAAGCAAAAACUGGGACUUUCAAGCACUGCGAUUUAGUGCGAUUUUAGGCGAUUUAAGAAAAAAAAUUUAAUUUUAGGGAUUGCAAUUUAGGUGUUUUCAAAGGAAUUGAAUUCUAUAUUUUGCUCCGGUUUCCUCCCACAGGGCAAAAUUGGCAGGGUGGGUUAGGAUAAACACAGUUAGGAAAGUAAUAUCAUAUCCUCAUUGUUGUAAAGAUAAAUAGUCUAGGCUAACAUAAGUCAUCAUAGUACUUGAUGUAAUCGAUCACUGAAAAGCCCCAAUGUGGGGAGUGAGCGGAAUAAUAAUGUAAUGUUUCCACACACAUAUGCAUUGUAUGAAGCAAAAUACAAUUAUUAGAACAUGUAUGUACAUUUUAUAUAAAGCUAGGUUAACUAUUGUAUUUAACCUGAUUCACAUAUAAAGCUCAAUAUUCAUGAACUUUUCACCCAUUCUCUCUAUUUAAAAGCAAUUGGGGUUCAUCUUGGAGGUCAUAGCAGGGUGUUAGCUAGCCCAUAUGCUGUCCGUUUGACGGACUCUUCCCAAUUGAGGGCUUUCCCAACUGGGUCUACUGGAAAAUUAGCAUGUGUCCCCCAAAAUUUUAAUGGUCGGGCGAAAAUCAAUGCGAAAUUGGUCGAAAUUGGGGAAAUUUUUAAAUUUCAAUAUUCUGUGAAAAUUUUUCGGAUUUGGCGGAAAUUACGGAAUAUUUCUUUGAUAUCUCCUGAAAAUUUUUUUUGGUGAACCCCCCCCCCCACCCCUCCCGCUCGCCAAGAAUUGUGGGGAAAAUAUUCAGCUAAGUCCAGUUAAAACUUUCCCAAUUUACGUUUAACGGACAAAAUUUUUUUUCUGGCUAACACCCUGCAUAGCUACAUUUAUAUACACCACAAAUAAUGUAAACAGUUACUUGUAAACUUAAGGGGCAUGCACUACACAUAUCCAGUUAAAAUUGCAAAAUAUAAUAAAUAUUUGAUUUCCAAAAAAAUCACAAGGGGUAGGGGGUAGAAACACACAAAUAAGUGUAUUUGUACAGUAUAACUGAAUAGGCUAUAAUCCCAUAAUUUACCUUGUCACCCUUGUAAGUGAAAUUGUCUUGGUUUGUAUCAUGUCAAAACUUCUUUAUUUAGCUUGCAUUUUAUUUAAACUGUUUCAAUCUCGUGCUUUCUUCAUGCUACAAACAUAUUUUAAUAUAAAUUUUUUGAUAUCUACAUCAUAUGAUAUCCCAGUGCCAUAUCCAGAAACAGUAUCGUCACGCAUUCGGAAACUGUCGGCGUAAUGCCGUAAUGUUUAAAUUACAUGAAGUAUAUCGUAUAUAAAUGGUAGGAAUUCUAAAUUAUUUUAAAAUUAAAACCAAAAUAGUACAGCGUUAAUUGUUAAACAAAUGGCGCACUACCACAGGGGACCCCACUGUGAGUUAUGAUUGAAAUAAUAUUGUAUUUAUUUUUAAAAACCUACUUGAACCCUUGAUAAUCGAUUAUUUCUUCUCUCGAAGUUCUGUAAACAUUUUAAACUGCUUGAAUCAUUAUACUAUCACUCUACAUGAAGCAUAGAUGAUCGCUGACGAAUAAGAACGCGGGCGCGAAAAGACGAAGGCGGCGAAAGAAGGAAGAAUUAAACUAAAGGGUUGAAACUUCGACUAGAUGACAUUUCUAAAUGCCUUAAAAUUCACAAUUUAUCGGUGUUUUCGAAUAUUUUUUUGCAGAUUCUAUGUCUUUUUGGAUAAUCUUCACAACUGAUGUAGUGGAUUCGAUAAACGAUUGAUUUUUCGUAUGUUUUUACAUGAAACACUCGAAGCGUCUUUUCGCACAAUGUGUUCCAUAAUACUUGUUCUCGUAACGUCAAGUAUAAUGAGUCCGAGUCAUUUAAAAGGUUUACAGAACUUCGAGAGAAGAAAUAAUGGAUGAUCAAGGGAUUCAAGUAAGUUUUUAAAAAUAAAUACAAUAUUUUUUCAAUCCUAACUCACAUUGGGGCCCCGUGCGAAAUUUCCGGAGAACAACCUACUUAUGUAACACAUCAAACGAUGACCCGCCGAAGUUUCAACCCUUUAGUUUAAUUCUUCCUUCUUUCGCCGCCUUCGUCUUUUCGCGCCCGCGGUCCUUACUUGUCAGCGAUCAUCUAUACUUCAUGAAACGUCAUGUAGAGUGAUAGUAUAAUGACUCCAAGCAGUUUAAAAUGUUUACAGAACUUUGAGAGAAGAAAUAAUCGAUUAUCAAGGGAUUCAAGUAGAUUUUUAAAAAUAAAUACAAUAUUAUUUCAGUCAUAACUCAUAGUGGGGCCCCCUGUGGCACUACAUCGUGGUUUUAGGUUCUGCAAACAAACAACACCAAAAGAUCUAUUGUAUGGUAUGUAAGAGGUAAUCAUUGUUUUACUGUUUAUUGUAUAUGACACUCAACACUAUUGUAUAUGACACUCAACACUGCAAAUGACACUCAACUUUAUUUAUCUUUCCGUCCUGAGUCACCCGUUGUCCAAGACCAAGCUAUUCAAACUAUUAAUAAUUGCAUUGUCGAAGUUCGUGCUUGGUUAGUUUCACAUAAAUUAAUGUUCAAUGACACUAAAACGGAAUUCUUGAUAAUUGGAACUCGCCAGCAGCUGUCUAAGGUUACAAUCGACUCGAUUGAAGUUGGUGAUGCUGAUAUAAAACCUGUACAAGAAGUCCGAAAUCUAGGUUCGUGGUUUGACGAACAUAUGUCGAUGAAUGUCCAUGUGGGCAAGGUUUGCAGCAAAGCAUUUAGGGGCUUGUACAACAUCCGACAAAUAAGGAAGUUUCUCUCCAUCGAAUCAACCAAAACGCUCGUACAUGCCUUUGUGACGUCACACUUGGACUACUGCAAUUCUCUCUUGUUCGGCAUUCCCCAAUACCAACUUCAGCGUCUUCAACGAGUUCUCAAUGCCGCUGCUAAAGUGACGUGUCUUAUACCAAGAUGUGCUCAUAUUACCCCUGUCCUGAUGCACCUUCACUGGCUGCCUGUCAAGUUUCGCGUUGAUUUUAAAAUUGCACUUCUGGUAUAUAAAGCCCUCCACGGGAUGGCGCCAGGCUACAUUAUGGAACUGUUGUUAGAAAACCCGAACUGCUGUUACCAACUGAGAUCUGAUGAUCAGGGACUACUUUUUAUCCCAAAAACUAGAGCCAAGACUCUUGGUGAUCGAGCAUUUGUGCAUGCAGCUCCGUCAAUUUGGAACAUGCUACCUUCUGGUAAUAGAAAUAGUAAAACAAUUGACUGUUUUAAAUCUCAAUUAAAGACUUUCCUUUUUAAGAAAGCUUUCGAUUCUAACUUUUAGAUUUAUAGACACCUAUACCUUAAUUCUUAAUAUUUUAGCUACUUGUAUAUAGUAUAACUUCAUUGUUGUAAAGCGCUUUGGAAUAUUUUAUAUAAUUUAAGCGCUGUAUAAAUCUUUAUAUAUUAUUAUUAUUAUUAUCCUGUUUUCAUCAAUAUUGCAACAACCUGAUCGUUUUUAGCUGUGUAAUUGAAAAGCGGCAAUGUAUUAUUGGAAAUCAAAUGUUGGAGCUAGGCAUCCAAUUACAAAUACAGGAACAGUAGAUUUUAUAACACGAAUGAUAUUUUUAAUUUAAUUAAUUUCCCGGUUGCAAAAAAUAAUUUCCACACAUGACUUUUGAAAGAUCACUAGGAUAUGAUUUACACGGAAAUCUCAAUAUAUAGAGAGGAAAAUAAAAUAUUAACUUAUAUAUAAUUACUGAUGUCUUAUUACACUUCAUCCUAAGACGAGAAGUCAAAACUGUAAAUAUAUAUAUAUGAAAUAUUUGAAAAAUAUAUUUGUAUAUUUAAUUAUAAUAUAGUGUACUAAAACGUGUACUAAGACAUGCACGUGUUUAAUAACCCUACAAUCCCUUUUUCAGAUGUUAUAGAAAAGUGUCCAUUUUGCUAUUUUGAUUGACAACUGCAGUUUAAUAGCUAACAACUUGAUAACUCGACUGAGCUCUAUAGUAUAGCAAUCAUGAAAUACUCCAAUUUCAGCAUUCCAUUGGUAUAAUGCACCACAGCAAGUGUACGUAUCUGAAUAGUUCACUACUUAGGUUUAUCGCCUUCGUCCACACAGGAGAAAACGUUUGUCAUGUUUGUAACUUUCUUGUUCAGUGUUCUUUCUUGAUCCUUUUCAUUCACAACCUUUUCAGAACUCGCGAUGAAAUUAUGGCUCGGAGAGGAAUCUCGAAUGAUGGAGACGUCAUAAGGAUCAUAUAUCAUAUAAUAAUUUAAAACUUGAAUGAAGUUUUCUGGUAGUUUAUAGGACAACAAUGCCCUUUCGUAAUAGCUGCAGGAUAUUUCGUCCUCACCAACUUGUUGAGUUGCAUAUUUCGCCGUCGAACUUUGCUUUUAGCUAUGGUUGUGUAUGGUUGGUAUAUUUAUAUGGUAUUUUGCAUUUGUAGUUCCAAUUGUUUGUCCUUUUUCAUUCCUUAUAUUACUUUGUCUUUUUUUACUAUACUCUAUGCGUUGAACUGUUAACACUGCGUAAGAAGUUACCUACCGCUGUGCAACAUGUGUGAUAAAACCUGCAUGCAUGCAUGCAUGCAUACAACAUAUAAAGGGCAGACGAAAUAUUCUGUAAUUCAGGAAAUAAGAGUCAAUAAAUCAUAAUUGCCAACACUUUUCUUCAACGAUACGAUUUUACCGAGAAUAGUGUUGGCAAUGUACAACAUACUUGAUAACUGAUCUAGAAAAUGAAAAUGGACAAGUUUUGGAAUAUAGAGAUCAAUCUCAGAUUCCAAUCCCUCAUUAAGAAAAAUGUAAAAGGAAAAUAGAUUUCCAUGCGGUUGCUUGUUUCCAGCCCUGUAUGUAUUUUUUACACAAGACAUGGAUGGUAUGUUUUGUAGCCAACUGAUGUUUUAUCUAACUGAUUUAUAAACCGUUGUUAUUGUUAGGAUAGCAAGUGGGGAUGUCAUGCAGAGCUCGCUUACAUGGUCCCACUUUUUUUUUGACGGGAUGAAACUCGACCGAUUUUAUUUAAGUUCAUCAAAAUCAUCAUUCAUCUCAUUUCGUUUCAAAAGAAAUAUAUUAAGAUAUAAUCAAUAAUUAAUGGAAUGUUUUCAUGGGAUUUUACAGAUUUACUUCUCUCUCUUUAAUAAUCGUCUAAUAGAGUGUUCGAAUCGAGAAUAUAUUUGACGUCAUAUUAUUAAUACACGAUCACAAUUGCAUUGAUAUAUGAGUUUGUAAACUUAAAAAAAGGUUUAUAUUAGGCUACCCUAUAAUGGUUUAUACUAGCCUAUAUUUAUAUAUUCAUUGACUGAAAAAAGUUAUUAUUAAAACCCAAAUUUUGUAAAUGAUUAUAUUUUAGUAUUCAUUAUAUAAAUAUAUAGGCUAAUUUUGUAAAUAAUUAUUGUGUUAGUAUAGUUCUAAUCAUGUAAUAUUUUUGAAAGCACGGCCCUUUGAAAAACAGAUUACUGCAUGAAAGGCCACAGUGGUUAAGUAAGUUUAAAUAGGCUAAUAAUAAUUAAAGUUCGGGAAUUAAAACUCGUUAAGCCUAAAGGCUAUGAUCCGCACUUCUUGGGCGGGAAGUUACUCUGUCAUUAAAUUGUUUCUUUUUUCUGAUUUUUCCUAUUUGACAUAAUGAGUUAAGUUUUAUAUUCCAUAAAAUAUUUAAUAACACGUCAUGGUACUGACUAUAUUAAGGUCCAGACACACCGAACGCGAUUCGACAACGCGACGCGAUUUUUCGAUUUUCACUAACCGAUAACUUUGAUCCUAGUUUAAAUUUUCCAAAUAUUUAGAAGCGUUAUAACAUUUUGCAAUUUGAGUUAUUUGGUCUACAUACUGUGAAUUUUGGCACUUAGAACCAUGCGUCAACAUGGUGUGCUGUGAGUAUGGAAUGUCAAGAAAGAUAUAGUCUAACGAAAACUGUUUGUUUUACUGUUGCCCGAAGGAAGACGCUUGUAGCGUGUCUUCGAAUGAAAGCAGCAAGAGCCUCGUGUGAUCAACACCAGUAUCGGGUUUUAAAAUAUAUUUAAAAUAUUAUAUAUAUUUUGCGCGAAAAUCUAAUGGGUUAUUUGUAACCCCUGGCACCUGCCCGUUUAUAUCGCAGCUCGCGUAAAAUAUUUCUUACUCUGUCGUUUAUAGUUCGCAAAGGCAAGCUGUGAAUUCCAAGUGUCUCUACAAUCCAAUCAUCCAAAGCAAAGUAAGUUAAUUGACUAGGUUUUUACACGAUGCUAAGUUCAUUUAGUUGCAAUGCAUGGUAUUACCCGAUGAUAUUUUAGUAUUUUCGUGGCGUACAAAAUUUCGAUUCCGUAUAUACGAAGACACUUUUUGAGAGUAAUAUCGUUUGUAUUUUUUACAGAAUGCUGAAAACCUACUCCAAUAGGCUUAACCCUAUUGCGUGUGCACCUAUUUAGCCUUCUUUUUUUACGAAACGGCUGUGAUGACAUGGAAGCGAAUUGGGUAAUUCAUCCGGUGUGUGUCAUUCACCAAAGACCAACCAGAGUAGUGUGUAGCGGGGCUUAAUGAACCCCUUUUCAUGCGCAUAUGAACCUAUUUUCAUGAGUUAUACAAAUUAAUUUGCAUAAUGAUGACGUAUUUUUCCGAUGAUUUUCCGAUGAUGAUAAAACGAGAGCUUUCCGAUCACCCGCCAUUUUGUUUCAAGAGCCAGGAAGGGUUAAUAAUGACGGUUUUAAGGGAAAAUAACAUUGAAUUGAGUGUGAAUACUUUUCGUUUCCAUUUAAAAUUGCUUUUGGAAAAGCAUGGGGGUUUAUUUGAAAGCAUGAUAGCUCGUAUUGGAAGAGAGAACGUACUUGAAAAUUUGUGUGUAAUUUAUCAGGAGUUAGAACCUUCGAAUUUUGGUAGAAUUAUGGCUUAUGCUUCAGUCAUUUGAAAUCACGGACCCCCCACCCCCGGGACAUAGCGGGGGAUUAGCCGGGAUUUAACGCUAUUUAACAACGUGCUAUGCCCCGGAGGGCAGUGGAAUUAACUAAAUGUUCUUAUAACCGGGAAAUUGACCCGGGAUAUAACAGCCGCUAUAUAUGAAUAACCGGGGAUAGCCGGGGACUGGCGAAAAACUUGUUCAACAGUUACGUGCGUUUGAAACUUUAUGUUUUAUACUUUAUAAUCGCCAGCCUGUCAGCCAUCCGUUGCUGUUAAUAUUCAAUAAGCAUCAGGUAUCGCCUUUUCCAUUGACCAUUGUUAGAAUAAUAUAGUAAAAUGAACUGCGCUUCAGAGAAAACAUGGGCAGCUUAACGGCGGUUUUUCGCUUAUUAAACAUUUUGCUCUAGUCGUUUUCAGAUCUCAGUUUUUCUUUCGCUCCUUAAAAAACUCACAGCAAGCUGAGGUAGACUUGGUGACUAAUCUGUAGGGUCAUGUAAUUGAUAGCUAUAUACAGUAUUUAAACACCGACCUCGAAUACUUGACGGAAAUUCAAUCUGGAAGUUGCGGAAGACCGGUAACUCAAAUGCAUGCAUGAUGCGGAAUUUGUCUUGUAUUUAUAGUUUAGGUAUAUUGAAGCCCGCUGUACGGGAGUUUUAACAGAACAGUUUGCCCCAGGGACGGGGGAAUUAAUGUUUUUUAACACUUGUCAGUGUUAAAUUCCCCGCUAUGUCCCGGGGGUGGGGGGCCCGUGAUUUCAAAUGACUAAAGCAUUACUUGACUUUAGUUUUUAAAGUUAGUGAUUGUGCAAGAAGCCGUAAAAGACUGUGUAUGGGAAUUAAAACAGGUGGACAUAGCUAGCUUUGAAAUAAAACAAUCUUGGAUACAACGUUUAAUUGCCUGGUUACGCGACUAAUAACCUGGCGAAAUUUGAAUAUCACUAAUCCGGGUUCAAUAGCAAAAGUCAUUAACUGUUGUACAUGACUGAACACAUUGUACUUUUACUACAUUGCCCGGGCCUGUCUGUGCUGACCUUGCAAGAAACUGGCUUUAACGACAGGACAUAAAUAUCGCGCAUCAGACAGUAUCAUUGUCGUUUACCUACAGCAAUGGAGUGUUUGCAUGGAUUGCCAGCGUCCGCGGUUACUACAAAAAAUGGAAAAUUUUGGCUUUGCAAUUAAAAUGGUCCCAAGAGUUGUGAAUUCUUCUGCCCUGAUCAAGACCGCUCGUUGUUCGAAACGGCCAUGUCAAUGUGGAUGGAGAUGGAUAGUAUAUUUUAACUUCCAUGGCAGCAUACACUGAAUUGCAGAAGUUUUACAUUAUGAUUAGAUAGAUCAACCGGACUGACGUGAAGCAGACCGAGGUAGACUUUGAGCUUACAAAUGGCGCUUGAGCAGCCGCUAUUAGUCCAUACCUCAUUAAUGAUCUGCCUCCAGACUUUAAGUGCCUAACCCACCCUGUCAACUUUCCCUGUGGGAGGAAACACGGAGUACCCGGAGAAAACCCACGACUUUCGGCAGAGCGUUGACUUACUCUUUUCACAUUAGGACUGGCUUCCAGUCACAAUGAGAAGUCCUCAUUGAGAUUCGAACCUGCGGCCUUAGAGGUGAAAGCCAAGUGCGCUAACCACUUCGCCACCGAAGCCCCGUGGAGAGCGAAUGGACCAAUUCACCCGGUGUGUGAUACUCACCAAAGACUAGCAAGAAUGAAAGUCGUCAAAGACGUCGGUAAACUGAACUUUGGAAGGCCGUUUUUUGUUUGUUGAGACCGCGAGAAUCCAUGUAAUUUCUGGCAGUGGGGUGACAGACACGAGUUGCCAAAACCGAAGUGCGGACACGGAUUGAAUGCAUGCGUACGAAAGGUCAAAAAAGGAGAAAAUCAAGGCCGCCUUUUCUUCUGUUGCCCAAACGAUCGAGAAAAGUCGUGCGGUUUUUUUGUAUGUAAACUCGAGCUGGAAAACCCGUUCAACCAAGUCCAUUUUCCUCACGUUGAAAGAGUUGGUGUAUUGCAGAGUAAUCCAGCGAUCUACACGUACAUGGUAGCUGAGACUGGACUUACCUUUACUAGCGCACGGGAAAAUCCACACGAUGCCUACGCUGAAUAUAUGGGAGAAUUGCCUAUUUUCUCACUAACGAAGGAUAUGGAGAAACUGUCACUUAUAGACUAUUAAGAGACUACAAUUAGGGGCCAUUCACAAAGGAUGUCCGGCCAAAUGAUGGAUUUUCAGACCCCCCCUCCCCCCCUUGUCCGGCAUUGUCCGAAUUAGUGACCCCCCCCCUCCCCCCGGACAUCCACCAUAGUAGAAUAGUCACAGCUAUAUUCCCCUUAGUCAGCAUUUUUUUGCAGAGCUCUUACCCCUUGGAAUUAGUUUCCAGGUCUUUCGUUAGGGCUGUUGCGCGCGCAUGUCAACCGGAAGAAGUUGAUUGAAGGGAAGUAAUUGUAAUUGGUUGAGAAAAACCAAUCAAAAAGUAUGUAUAGAUAUAAGAGUUGUUAUGAUUGGUUUGAAAGCUACUAAUAUAAAACGGAAUAAAAGAGUUUUGUAAAUUGGUUAGUCAGUUCGUUUCUGUUUUUAAACAUUGUCGAACGGUUGAGAGGUCCUUACUGAGAGGUGAAGGAAACUAUGGCACACAUAUUUGAACAAUUAUAUGUGGAUGAAAUUGAUUUUGAAGAUAUUACAUCUGUCAAGUUGGUAGAUCUAAUUUUUACUGAGUUUGUCCAUAGGCAGAUAUGUGAAUUGGAAGAGCUUAGACGGUCUGCGAAUGAAGCGGAUCCAUGGUCAACGAAUCAUUGUGAAACGAUAAACGACGGUGAUCUGUGAUUGAUGCAUACAGAUGAAGCAAUUUCCAUGAUUGAUUGCGAGGACGUUUGGCAUGGACUUAUUGAAGCUUGUAAGAUUUUAAAGUAUCCUGAACCUUCAUCGGCACACCGAAGCUAUUUGGAGUCUUUGUACGGCGUACCAUGGUCUACACUGAAGACAUUAUAUUUUGAAUUUGAAAGGACUCAUAGUUUUAUGUAUCUUAUGGACUAUACCAGUUGCGUUUGUAAAUUAAGAUAUCAUUGAACUGUAUAAUUUAUGAUUGUCAUUAACGAUGUUUAUAAGCUCAAUAAAUCCUUUUUGUGUUAAUUUUGUUUGUGUGGGGAUUAGUAAAAGUCAUCAAAAGUUAUUGUUGCUAUAGUAAGCAUAUAUGUGAUAAGAGGGAGAAAUGUUUCGAUUUGGUACGACCUUAUAAUCAGAUGUAAAAUAUCAUUGAACUUUGUAACGACCUUAGUAAUAAAUUAUUUUAAAACCGGUUGCAUUGUGAUUCGUUUAUUCAAUUGAUAUUGUUGCUUGUUGUACUAACACCUAAAUAAUGGGUACUUUUCACAGCAAGGGGGAUAAAAUUAAAAGAGACAAAAAUCAUAAUAGACAAAAAAUGUUCAGAUUUGGUACAAGCUUUGGUCGUAAUGAUUUAAAUUUGGAGGGUCACUUACAGAUGGGUUACAAUAGUAAAACAAUAAAAAACUACGGUCCUCUUGACAAACAAUUAGUUUCACAAGAAAAUUUAUCUUCAACAAUGAGAGGAACAGAAGACCGGUUAAUUACUCCAGCAUCGGAAGCUAUUACAACAGAGGAUUAAUAUAUUGUUUUUAUAAGGAGGCUACAAUUAACGAUUGUUUCAUUGCAUAGAUAGUAUGGCCCAGGAAUCAAAUGAGGGUGUUGAUGAGUACUUAAAAAGUGUUUAUUACAAUCCAAAACGUCCGGGAAGUUACGGGGGCGCGGAGAAUUUAUAUCGCGAUGUGAAAGAGGAGGGAAAGAUUAAAUUAAGUCGAAAACAAAUUUUAGAAUGGUUGAUGAGUCAAGAUGCGUUUACUUUACAUAAAUCAGCUCGCCGAAAUUUCAAGAGGAAUCGUGUUUUUGUGGGAGGCAUAGACGAAGAAUGGCAAAUGGAUUUAGCAGACAUGCAGUCUUUGAAACAAUACAACGAUGGGUAUCGAUACUUGCUUGUCUGUAUAGAUGUAUUUUCAAAAUAUGCAUGGUUAGUUCCAAUCAAGUCAAAAACAGGACCUGCUAUAGUCGAAGCGUUUAAAGUCAUUUUAUCAUCUGGUAGGAAGCCUCAAAAGAUUAUGACGGAUCAAGGAACAGAAUUUUUUAAUAAACCAUUUCAAACUCUAUUGAACGGUGAAAAUAUUCAACUUUUCAAUACAUUCAACGAGACAAAGGCUUCCGUUGUCGAGAGAGUAAUUCGUACCUUCAAAGCAAAGAUGUGGCGCUAUUUUACGGCAAAGAAAACGAUGAGAUACGUUGACAUGUUACCGGACUUAGUUUAUUCCUAUAAUAAUAGUCGGCAUC